ACCGGAUGUUGCGUCACGGACAGCGCGCGCAGCCGCCGCAAAGCAGAAGCGGUGGAAGGUCGGCGAGGUGGGGCUUCAGCGUUCGCGGGCCGGCAGGAGAACUUCAAGGAAGAGACCCGGCGCAGAGUUGAGCAUUUCAGAUCUUCUUGGUGAACCAGGACAUCACUAUGCUGGCUGCAAGGCUUGUGUGUCUCCGGACACUACCUUCUAGGGUGUUCCACCCAGCAUUCACCAAGGUCUCCUCUCCCGUUGUGAAGAAUUCAAUCACAAAGAAUCAAUGGCUCUUAACACCCAGCAGAGAAUAUGCCACCAGGUCAAGACUUGGAAUCCGCCGUGGGAAAACUGCCCAAGAACUCAAAGAGGCAGCACUGGAACCAUCAAUGGAAAAAGCAUAUAAAAUUGAACAGUUAGGAAGAUAUAUUGUUGCUGGAGGGGCUGCUGUUGGUCUUGGAGCACUGUGCUACUAUGGCUUGGGAAUGUCUAACGAGAUAGGAGCGAUUGAAAAGGCUGUAAUUUGGCCUCAAUAUGUGAGAGAUAGGAUACAUUCCACCUACAUGUACUUGGCAGGAAGUAUUGGUUUAACAGCUUUGUCUGCCUUGGCAGUAGCUAGAAGUCCUGUUCUCAUGAACUUCAUGAUGAGAGGCUCUUGGGUGACAAUUGGUGCAACUUUUGCAGCCAUGAUUGGAGCUGGAAUGCUGGUGCGAUCCAUACCAUAUGAAAAACAUCCAGGCCAAAAGCAUCUUGCCUGGUUGCUCCAUUCUGGUGUGAUGGGUGCAGUGGUGGCACCUCUGACCCUAUUGGGCGGCCCUCUCCUUGUCAGAGCUGCAUGGUGCACUGCUGGCAUCGUGGGCGGCCUGUCCACCGUGGCCAUGUGUGCACCCAGUGAGAAGUUCCUGAACAUGGGAGCACCCCUGGGCGUGGGCCUGGGUCUCGUCUUCGCAGCAUCACUAGGAUCGAUGUUUAUUCCACCUACCACUGUGGCUGGUUCCACUCUGUACACAGUGGCAGUGUAUGGUGGAUUAGUUCUUUUCAGCAUGUUCCUUCUGCAUGAUACUCAGAAAGUGAUCAAACGUGCAGAACUAACACCAAUGUAUGGAGCUCAAAAGUAUGACCCCAUCAACUCGAUGCUGGCAGUCUACAUGGAUGUACUAAAUAUAUUUAUGCGAGUUGCAACUAUGCUGGCAACUGGAGGCAACAGAAAGAAGUGAAGCA